UACAAGAAUUAUUGCGUUAUUUCAUGUACACAUAUAUAUGAUACAUAUAUAUAUAUAUAUAUAUAUAUAUAUAGGUCACGUAUCGCGCGAGUACUUACGCAUUUUAAAUCCGAGAGGUCUUCAGAGAUAAAAGAAUCGUGGUGGUCGAGAUCAUUAAAAAUCUCGAAAGGCAGCCGAUAUCUCGUUACAAAGACGUAAAUUUUCUUUUCCUAUUUUGUUUCGCCUCCAAUCUAUCUCUCCCCACUUGUUUGCAAAACAAGUUCAUAAAUCGAAACGAAAUUAUUACUCCAACUUAUUACGACGUUGAUUCCUAACGAAGUGACAGAGUCGAGCUUUCUCCUUUCCUCCUACUUUUAUUAUUAAUUUUUUAGCUCGUCUGUAAUAAUAAGAAUCGUCUGUAAGAUAAGAAAAAGAAGGGAAAAGAAAAGAAAGGAAGAAAGGCACUUUGGUUUUUUUUAGAAAAUAUCUUUUUUUUAUUUUUAUCGAUCGGUCGAUGAUUGAUUUGAAGAGUGCUCGUCGCGGCUGUAUGAAGUUUGUAAUAUUAAAACAAAAUCGAAAAUCGUGGUGGAAAAAUCGGCACAAUCCCAAAAUUAGAAGAGCAACGGUGACAAGCGUUAAAAGAAAAUUGGCAAAACUGCUCUUUGAAACUUGCGAAGAUUGUAAGAGAAUGGCAUCUAUUCCGCAAGGCGCGUUUGCGGCGUGCAAAGUCCGUUGCAAUCGAGAACGCAAUACUACGAUAUCACGGAUGGAGAAGAAAGAAAAAUCGUGUAAAGAAAAUACAUUCAACAUGAGACCCCCAUUGGAAGGUUGGGAACUUACGCCGCUAAAAUAUAACAGCAAAUUAAUGAACAGCAUCUGGGGACUUUAUAAUCGUUAUUCGGUUCACAAUUUCAAGAAGAACAAUUCCAACGAAGGGGUGUUUAAGACGUUCGUGGCGGCUUGGAAAAUUAUUUUUCACGACCGUGCACCCGCCGCGAAUUCGGUGACCGCAGUUGCCAAAAACGGUUCUCAAAUUAUGUAAGAGAGAACAUGUAUAUGAUUCCCGAUUUCACCUUUGAUACGAAACAUUGAACGAAUGUAGUGACGAUCGUUUAUUCAAUGUGCAAUAAUUAAAAAAAGAAAAAAAAAAAUGUUUAAUAUUAUUAUUACGAUUUGUAAGUAUAAAGAAUUGUAACAGUAUUGCACAUUCUUUCUACAGCAUUUUUUUAAUAAUAAAUGUGAUCUUUUUUUCCUGGAAUUAAAAUCGAUCGAAUUUUAUCAUUCAUAUCACUUGUCGAACAGAUUGAAAUAAAUACGAUAUGAUAAAA